CAACUGCAAAAUACAAAAACAUGGUGGCAUUUGUAAAAUAAUUGGAAGGGAGUUCUCCAUCCCAAACAUCGAUUUCUAGAUUUCAAUAACGUAAGAUAUCAAUGCAGAUUGGUUUAAGCCCAGCUCGGUAGAGCUUCCCAGUCAUCAGACCUCACGAAAUAAUACUCGUAAAUCGUAAACCGCCACCCCGCGCCGCUUCCCAUCCGCUAGAGCUAUACAUAAUCACAAUGAUUUGCCUUCAGAAUCAUUUUAUUGGAUCGUCUUCUCUGCCACUGCAAAGCUUCACCGCCACUACGAGAAAGCUUUCGCCACCACUCUCGCUUAAUACCACACCGGGAGUGGUGAAAGCUGCAGAUCAUGGUUUUCGCAUUGUGGCACAGGCUAUAUCUGGUUCUAAAUCCAGUACCGGAAAGGAAGGUGUCAAAGUUGAUGAAAAGUCUGACACUUACAGUAUUAACAUGACUGAAGCAAUGGGGGCCGUCUUGACCUAUAGACAUGAACUUGGAAUGAACUAUGACUUUAUCCGUCCAGAUUUGAUUGUCGGGUCAUGCUUACAGACUCCCAAGGAUGUUGACAAGCUUCGCAAGAUAGGAGUGAAAACUAUUUUUUGCUUACAGCAGAAUUCAGAUCUCGAAUACUUUGACGUUGAUAUUGGUGCUAUUCGUGAGUAUGCCAAUAAAUGCGGUGACAUUCAACACUUACGUGCUGAAAUAAGGGAUUUUGAUGCUUUUAAUUUGCGGAUGCGACUUCCAGCUGUAGUUAGCAAAUUGCAUAAGGCUAUCAAUGAAAAUGGGGGCGUAACUUACAUACAUUGCACUGCUGGACUUGGAAGAGCACCUGCAGUUGCGUUAUCGUAUAUGUUUUGGGUUCAAGGAUAUAAACUUAGCGAAGCUUAUGAUUUACUCUUGAGUAAGCGCUCGUGCUGUCCAAAAUUGGAUGCCAUAAAAAGUGCCACGGCUGAUAUUCUUACAGGUCUUAAAAAGAAGUCGAUCAUAUUGACAUGGUAUGGUGAUGAUUGUUCGACAGUGGAAAUAUCUGGACUUGAUAUUGGUUGGGGCCAGGGAUUACCAUUAAAAUUUGAUGAAUAUCGAGGUUUAUGGAUUCUCAGGAAGGAAUUGCCAGAAGGAUAUUACGAGUACAAGUACAUCGUUGAUGGAGAAUGGGUUUACAAUAGGUUUGAGCCCGUCACUUCUCCAAACAAGGAUGGAAAUGUCAACAACUGCAUGAAUGUUUUCGACCGGAACCCAAAUAGUACAAGCGCAGCAACUCGUAAAAGGCUGGCAGAUGCUGACCCCGAUCUUACACAGAACGAACGGCUCACAGUUAGACAGUUUCUCGACACGUUUCCAGUUGAAGACUGAAAGCCUUGAAAAGAGAUGCACCGUUGGAGUUGUUAGAAGGAAUCACAAUUAUAUGUGAUUGUAGAUUUGGUCAUAGUUUGAAUAAGUUCUUUCCUUGUAGGUGAUAUACACAUAAAACAUGACCAUAGGUUACCGCUUUUACUAUUGAAAAUAAUAUGAACAUAAUUGUUUGUUUCAUGUUAUGUUUGGAUGAGAAAGAAAAUAGGAAAUAAACACUAUUUGUUCUUAGAUUAUAGAGAAA